AUGGACCCCAUCAGCAUUUCGGCCUUCACCAUGACGCUUGUCGGCGUGGCCGGCAAGAUCGUCGAGGGGACCGCAAAGUUUGUGGAGGAGACGAAAAUGAUUGACUCCAGCAUUCGCGACUUCCACGAGACGAUCCGAAAUCUGUAUGCAGCACUACGGAACGUCGCCCGGAUCCUGGACCAACACCCGACACAGCUUCCUUUCGAAAGGGAACACCACCAAGAUAUUUACCGGAUCUUGAAGUCGUGCAGCGGAGCGCUUGAGAGGUUGAGGUCGGCGCUGCCAGAGCUGGCCCAGAACUCCGGCCCCAUCGCGAGGGCGCGCGCCAGUUUCACCGCGACGCUGAAGCAGAGUGUCAUUCGAGAUCUCGUGUCGCACAUCACGUCGUAUACCCAGGUUCUUCAACUGAGUCUGAUAACUCUGUCUCUCGGCUCCGUCUGGAACCAGCAAAAGUCGCAGGACCAAGUCCACAUCGAGAUCAGAAAGCUGACCGAUGCCAUUCGUUCUGCCAACCUCGUUUCGAAGUUGACCAGCGUCCAUCGGCGACCAUCGAUGGAAUGGGACGAUGACGAUGGAACCCGGGUAGAGGAUUCUCUGUCGGUGACGAAGGAGAUCCAAGCCUGGCGCAUGUCAGCAGACGAGGUCGCAGCGGCAGUGACGCUCCACGAUGUUGGCCACGACAUCGGCCGGGACCCAUCUCUGCAUUCCUUCAGCGGUUCCUUCACCAAACUGCCGACUGCAAAGGACCUUGGCUCGAGGGAGUCUCUCAGCGACGUCGAGUCCGAUGACUGGGACCCGGAACCCGAGCGCAAGGACGGUCCAAGCAAGGAAAUCCUAAAACAUCAGUACGAGGCCAACCAGGAUAUCGUGAAUCAGCUGGUGAAAUGCGGCAUCUUUCUUCGGGCGUCGCUGUACCAGAAAAGGGGCAUCGAGCUCCGCGAGCAGCUCAGCAAACCGGGAUACGACGACGCGUUCAAGUUCUCGGAACAAGCGGCUAUGAAGGAGCGCCUCGCCGAGAUACUGCUGUACUGCGAGACUGAGGACGAGACGGCCGAGGCAAAGGUGAUUCUCCAAAAGCUGCUGCAGGAGGAAGUCAAGCAACCCGAGAACGAACGGGAUGACGAGCGUAGGAGCAGGCUCUACCAUGACCUCGGGAGCCUCUACAUCAAGCUGGGGAACUUGAGGCAGGCAAAGACGUUCCUAAGCCGCGCUCUUGAGGGGAGAAAGAAUCAGGCCCCCAUGCCGGUCGACUUGGUAUUGGAUACUGCCAACCUAUACAUCAAGGCCUUGCAACUCGCCGAGGCUUAUGAUGAAGCUCGCGGGGUGAAAAACUGGGUCGACACGGAUGUCAUCCCGCUUACCAGUCGACCAGCCUCGCCCCCCGCUUCAGACACAACACCGGGUCCUCGACGCCCGUCGGCCAUGGGAGAGCUGUCGCUGGUGUACGCUUGGUGUAGCAAGAACGGAUUCGAUAUUGACGCACCAACUGGUUUCCACUUUGACGCUUGCGAUUUUUUGACCAGCACAUCGCCUCUGCACAAGGCGAUCCAAGACGAGAAUGUCGAGAUCUUGAAGCUGAUGAUGGGACACGUCACCAGUCUAGAGAACGGGGGCAACGUUGGUCUCCCAACGCCGCUGCUGCUUGCCGCCUCGACAAGAAACCGCGAAAGCGUCGGCUUACUUCUUAAGCACAAUGCUCGAGCCGACGUCAGAGAUAGCGCGGGACAGAGCCCUCUCCACAAGUGCCAGAGCGAGUCCGGCGGCGUCAACGUUGCCCAGCUCCUCCUCGACAACACGCCCGGCCUGCUGAACCUCAUCGACAACUCGGGGAAAACGGCUCUGUACAUGGCGUGCGAGAUGGGCAAUAAGGGAAUGGUGAAGGUCCUCCUGACUCGAGGGGCAGAUCCAAACAUCUGCCACCAGGCAAGGAGGGGGUCUGCUUCAUCCGGCACGGAGAGCCCCAACAUCUGCACCCCGUUGAUUGCAGCAAUCCAAGUAGUGGCGACUAGAAGCGCCCGAAAGAUCACCGUGAUAGAAAUGCUACUUACCCACGGUGCGAACCCGUAUCUGACGGACGCGAACGGAAGGAACGCCUUCCAGGCCGCGAACAAUUCUGGGUUGGCAGGGUCGGAGAUCAAGCGACUUCUGCAGCAGCAUGCACAAAUGCCGACGCGCAAGUCCAGCGAUGCAUCUUCUUCGACCGUCUUCACGAGGUCGUCCACGUCGAGCGAGCCUAUUCAUGGUCCGCUGGGGCAGAGACGGGGACUGAUGAGGUUUCUGAGCAAGACGGACUCGAACAACUCUGGCGUCGAUUCGGUCCCAGAGGGGGAAUAG